CGGUGGGGGUGGCCCGGGCGACCGGCCGGCCCCUCGCAGCAGCAGCUGCUGCCCCCUCCCUCUCUCCCUCCUUCCCUCCCUCCUUCCUUGGAAGCGGCGGUGGCGGCGGCAGCUGCUUCUCCCGCCGCAGAGCGGCCCCUGCGCCAGGCGCGGCGUGCCAGCCAGCCCCACGGACGCAGCACCGGGCGCCCGUCCCGUCCCCAGACCCAGUGAAGGGAGCCCCGCGGCCGGCUCGGGGGGGCCCGCCAGCCCCCCUAAGCAGUAAAUCCCUGAAAGCCAUGAGCCGCGAGAGAGUGGUGCACCAGGAGUUAGCCUUCCCGUGCAUGUCUUUGGACAGCCGGUCAAGGCGGACCAGAUGUAUGAAGACAUCCGGGUGUCCAAAGUGACAUGGGACAGUUCCUUCUGUGCCGUCAACCCCAAAUUCCUGGCCAUCAUUGUGGAGUCCGGAGGCGGGGGGGCCUUUAUGGUUCUUCCUUUAAUCAAGACUGGGCGUCUGGACAAGAACUUUCCCUUGGUGACCGGGCAUAUGGCCCCCGUGCUGGACAUUGAUUGGUGCCCCCACAACGACAACGUGAUCGCAAGCGCGUCUGAGGACACAACAAUCAUGAUCUGGCAGAUCCCAGAUUACGUGCCAAUGCGCAACAUGACAGAGCCCAUCGUCACGUUGGAAGGGCAUUCCAAACGGGUGGGCAUCGUUACCUGGCACCCCACAGCACGCAACAUCCUACUCAGCGCAGGGGGGGACAACAUGAUCAUCCUCUGGAACGUGGGUACCGGGGAAGCCCUCCUGACCUUAGACGACCUGCACACCGACCUCAUCUACAACGUCUGCUGGAACCACAACGGCAGCCUCUUCGUCACCACCUGCAAGGACAAACACUUGCGCAUCAUAGACCCCCGGCAGCACCUUGUGGUGGCCGAGAGGUUUGCCCCUCACGAAGGGAUGAGGCCCAUGAGGGCCGUCUUCACCCGCGAUGGAUUUGUCUUCACCACCGGCUUCACUCGCAUGAGCCAGCGGGAGCUGGGCCUCUGGGAUCCGAAGAACUUCGAGGAACCCAUCGCCCUCCAGGAAAUGGACACGAGCAACGGGGUUCUCCUGCCCUUCUACGACCCCGAUUCCAGCAUAGUCUAUCUGUGUGGCAAGGGGGACAGCAGCAUUCGGUAUUUUGAGAUCACAGACGAAGCCCCGUACGUCCAUUACUUGAGCACCUACAGCAGCAAAGAACCCCAGAGAGGCAUGGGUUUUAUGCCCAAGAGGGGACUGGAUGUCAGCAAGUGUGAAAUUGCAAGGUUUUACAAGCUGCACGAACGUAAAUGUGAGCCCAUCGUUAUGACUGUGCCGCGAAAAUCCGACCUCUUCCAAGAUGACCUGUACCCUGACACACCGGGUCCCGAGCCAGCACUAGAAGCAGACGAAUGGCUGUCAGGCAAGGACGCGGAGCCCAUCCUGAUUUCCCUGCGAGACGGCUACGUCCCUGUCAAAAACCGGGAGCUCAAAGUCACCAAAAAGAAUAUCCUAGAUAGCAGACCCCCCACAGGGCCACGCCGGAGCCAGUCUACGUGCGACUCCAAUUUUUCUCGUUCUGCCCUGGAGGAGCUGCUGGAGGAAAUCCGAACCUUGCGACAAACGGUCCAGAUGCACGAGAAGCGAAUCUCCGACCUGGAAAACAAACUGUGCCAGUUCACAAACGGAACGGACUAAAUCCCAGCAGUGGCGCAUGGCACGCCCCCCCUCUGGAGACCUGGAUUCUCCCCCCCCCGCCUCUUUCUCCAGGUGUUUCAGCAGCUUCCUUUAUCCACAGCACUGAGGACACUUCUAGGGACCUCUGCUGGGAAUAGCCCUUGCGGGCCUGGAGGGGGUAUUUUUCUCUCUGCCCAGAUUCCCCCCACCCUUCCAUGGCUUGCAAUUGUCUUCUUUUGGAUCGGAACCGUCCUCGGGUUCUGCACACAAGCUAGGUCUGGGUGGAGAGAGGGAGCAGGCCAUAUUCAGGACACCUGCUCUUUGGGGUCGGGGGAGGCCUGCUCCAACCCCUCAAAGAGGCCCACCGGGGGCCCAGUCCCCAUGGAUAGGGGGCAGCUUGGCCUGCUAGCCCUCUCCAACCCAUUCUCUCUCUUUCCCGCACCGGAAAUAGGUUGGGGGUGGGGUGGGGGGUCAUGCCAUGCGUUUGUGUGAGUUUUGAGGUGCAGUGAAAGGGGACAGUCGAAGCUGUAGAGUCUAUGGCGUUUGUAUUUGAGUUGAAUUGUUUGAAAGCAGGGGGCAAAAAGGAGAAGGUGACAGGAUCCGGGCCCUGCAGGCAGGGGGUGACAGGUGUGAUCCAGCUGGGUGUAAGGGUGUUACGGGUUGGCACAGAAACGUUUGCUGGAUCCCAGAUGUCAUGUUGAGUAGUAGAGUAUCCACAAGAGUGCCUGUCUUCCUUGCUCCCCAUAUGCGCAAGGGAUCGGAUGUUGUCUGUGGUGAAGGGGGCUAGACCAGUGGUGGCGAACCUAUGGCACGGGUGCCAGAGGUGGCACUAAAAGCCCUCUCUGUGGGCAUGCGCAAACAGUGCCCCCCGCCCCCAACAUCUAGGCUGGCCUGGGCCACUGGGCUC